UGUACCACAUCGCGCUCCGUAGCUGCCAGACCAGCAGAAAUGGCGACUUCCCGUGAUGUCCACGUAGAAAUCUGUCAUCAGGAAAUAGUGAAAUAUGAUCUGGAGAUCAAAGCGCUGAUCCAGGAUAUUCGGGAAUGUCCAGGUCCGAUCAGUACACUGAAUGAUCUCAAUGCACAAGUGAAGGACAAGUUCCGCCUGCUGAGGUUAAGAAUUCAGGAUCUGGAGCAGAUGGCAAAGGAACAGGAUAAGGAGUCUGACAAGCAAGCAUUGUUAAAGGAGAUGGACUGUCACAAGAAGCAGAUGCUCAGCAAUCAGACUGUGUGGAGGAAAGCUAAUCUGUCGUGUAAGCUGGCGAUCGAUAAUACUGAAAAGGAUGAACUUCUUGAUGGAGGGGAUACUACAAGGCAGAGAAAAGUAACAAAAGAAAACCUGGCACAGUCCACAAAUAGCAUCACGGAGAGUCUGAUGAGCGUCAGCCGGAUGAUGUCCCAGCAGGUGCAGCAGAGUGAAGUAGCCAUGCAUACACUAGCCACCUCAUCCAGGACCAUUCAAGAAGCCAAUGAAGAGUUCAAAUCCAUGUCUGGAACCAUUCAGCUCGGGCGAAAACUCAUAACCAAGUAUAAUCGGCGUGAACUGACAGACAAGCUGCUCAUAUUCCUCGCACUUGCCUUGUUCUUAGCAACUGUACUUUAUAUCCUAAAGAAAAGGCUUUUCCCUUUCUAGCAGCCGCUAUGGGAUUUCUUAUUUCCAGGACCUUAUUUGGAUGUUGCUAGUAUAAGUCUGGAUACUUGUUCAGAGGAUGAACAGAAGAAGCCAUAAAACAGUGCGUUCACCUCUGCCCCAGCUCAUUCAUGUCUACUUUAAAGAUACCUGCUGCACAAACGGAGUCAUCACAGGUUUUUGCUUCUUUGUUUUUUUUUCAAAAAUAAUAUUGUCUAAAAUUAUUUUGACAUUCGAUAAAACAUUGACUUGUUUUAGGGACAUUUAUUAUUUUAGGUAGGUUUUGUUUUGUCUGAUGUUUCCCCAUGUUUUAAAACUUCUUACGUUUGUCAAUGUCUUAAAGGGGUACUUUACUGGAAAAUAUAAUUUUUUUAAAUCAACUGUUGCCAGAAAGUUAAACAGAUUUGUAAAUGACUUCUAUGAAAAAAUCUCAAUCCUUCCAUUACUUAUCAGCUGUUCCAGGGGAAGUUAUUUUUGAAUGUUCUUUCUGUCUGACCACAGUGCUCUCUGCUGACACCUCUGUCCAUUUUAGGAACUGUCCAGAGUGGGAGAAAAUCCCCAUAGCAAACCUAUCCUGAUCCGGACAGUUCCUGACAUGGACAGAGGUGUCAGCAGAGAGCACUGUGGUCAGACUGAAAGGAACUUCAAAAAGAAAAAACCUUCCUCUGUAUUAUACAGCAGCUGAUAAGUACUGAAAGGCUUAAGAUUUUUAAUUAGAAGUAAUUUACAAAUCUGUUUAACUUUCUGGCACCAGUUGAUUUAAAAAAAAAAUAUAUAUAUAUGUUUUCCAGAGGAGUACCCAUUUAAAGGGGCACUAAACCUAGAAAUGGAUAAGAUUUGGAUAAGAUUUCCUGGUGUGUACUUUUUUUUGCAAACUCCUGCUAUAGAAAACUGACAGAAAAGAUAUAGAUUCUGUGAGCCUUGUUUACUUAUACAGACACUGAUAGAGCUGAUGUAUAGCGUGCUAAGUUGUAUGUUUCCUGCAGGAGGGAAGAAGGGUAAAAAAGGAUCUAUCUAAUACAUUUACUUUUCUAUUAGUUCAUUUUGGUUCUGUAUGCAAGAGAACACUGUCAAUACGCAUGAAGAUGUUUUACAACACUAAAACAACACAGCUAAAAACACAACUGACAUAAAUGUGAAAGACGCAUAAGAGUGUCAUUUUGCUUACAGUAGUAUGAAUUAUGUUAAACAAUCUGAAACCAUUCAACAAACUUUGUGUAAAUGAAUAGUUCAAGUCAACUUUUUUAGUGAAAAAUUUCUCUUUAUUAGUCCCCCCCCCCCCCCCCCCCUCUUGUCAGUCAAGAUGGAUCAUCUCAUUGAAGAAUCAGGUUUCAUGCUGUCCAUGUAAGUCCAUAAUUGAGGGAUAGAGAGUAAAGCUGCUGAAAGCUCUAGUAACUGUUAUGUUACACUGCUCAGUACUGCUCUAUAAUGUACUCCAUGCUGCUGCUGUAUCUGAGUGUGUGCUAUUGAGACAUAGGGAAGCAUGAUCCCCUUUUCUGUGUGUGUGUGCAGGGUAUGGGAGCCAUUAUAGAGGCUAGGAUUCUCCCACAAGCUCGGGGUCAUUUUAAAUUAGAUAUGAAGCCGGCAGAUGAGAAAAAUUGUGAUUUUAAUUUAAUUUUAGUGAUAAUCUGUUGCCUAACAAUAGUGCAGUAGUUUGUUAACCACUAUUUGUUUCUAAAACACAAUGGGGAAAUUUACACAAAUUAGCGACUUUUUGCCAUGUUCACACAACCAACCCCAGUUUAACCCCUUAAGGACUCAGCCCAUUUUGGCCUUAAGGACUCAGACAAUUACAUUUUUACGUUUUCAUUUUUUCCUCCUCGCCUUCUAAAAAUCAUAACUCUUUUCUAUUUUCAUCCACAGACUAGUAUGAGGGCUUGUUUUUUGCGCGACCAGUUGUCCUUUGUAAUGACAUCACUCAUUAUAUCAUAAAAUGUAUGGCGCAACCAAAAACACUAUUUUUGUGGGGAAAUUUAAACGAAAAACGCAAUUUUGCUAAUUUUGGAAGGUUUUGUUUUCACGCCGUACAAUUUAUGGUAAAAAUGACAUGUGUUCUUUAUUCUGAGGGUCAAUACGAUUAAAAUGAUACCCAUUAUUACAUACUUUUCUAUUAUUGUUGUGCUUAAAAAAAAUCACAAACUUUUUAACCAAAUUAGUACGUUUAUAAUCCCUUUAUUUUGAUGACCUCUAACUUUUUUAUUUUUCCUUAUAAGCGGCGGUAUGGGGGCUCAUUUUUUGCACCAUGAUCUGCACUUUUUUUGAUACCACAUUUGCAUAUAAAAAACUUAAAAAAAAAUUUAUAAUUUUUUUUUUAAUAAAAUGUAUUAAAAAAGUAGGAAUUUAGAACUUUUUUUUUUCGUUCACGCCGUUCACCGUACAGGAUCAUUAACAUUUUAUUUUAAUAGUUCGGACAUUUACGCACGCGGCGAUACCAAAUAUGUCUAUAAAAUAAAUUUUUACGCUUUUUGGGGGUAAAAUAGGAAAAAACGGACGUUUUACUUUUUUAUUGGGGGAGGGGAUUUUUCACUUUUUUUUUACUUUUAAAUUUUUUUACACUUGAAUAGUCCCCAUAGGGGACUAUUCAUAGCAAUACCAUGAUUGCUAAUACUGAUCUGUUCUAUGUAUAGGACAUAGAACAGAUCAGUAUUAUCGGUCAUCUCCUGCUCUGGUCUGCUCGAUCACAGACCAGAGCAGGAGACGCCGGGAGCCGGACGGAGGAAGGAGAGGGGACCUCCGUGCGGCGUUCUGAAUGAUCGGAUCCCCGCAGCAGCGCUGCGGGCGAUCCGAUCAUUCAUUCAAAUCGCGCACUGCCGCAGAUGCCGGGAUCUGUAUUGAUCCCGGCACCUGAGGGGUUAAUGGCGGACGCCCGCGAGAUCGCGGGCGUCGGCCAUUGCCGGCGGGUCCCUGGCUGCGAUCAGCAGCCGGGAUCAGCCGCACAUGACACGGGCAUCGCUCCGAUGCCCGCGGUUAUGCACAGGACGUAAAUGUACGUCCUGGUGCGUUAAGUACCACCUCACCAGGACGUACAUUUACGUCCCGCGUCCUUAAGGGGUUAAAAGUAGGCGGGGCAUAGUGGCAGGAAGCAGGGCCUCCCGCAGCCUCACACAUUUAUUAUACUUGCUGCCAGGCAUUGGCAUAAAGUGUAGCAAAAUCUACACCAGCUCAUACAUGGCAUAUAUUUCAGUUUGUGGCUUGAGGAAAGCCAAUGAUGCUUCUCAGCACAUAGCUGCCUGCUGUGUCAGGUUGUGUAGUCUGCUGCUUUGUGGUUUAGAUGUUGUUCCUCCUAGAUGCUUCAAUGUUAGGCGUCUUUCACACUGCCGUUUUUUUUGGAGCUUGAUGGCCCUCAUUUUGACGGGGUGCAACAGGCAACAGUGGCUCCUGAUUGGGUCUGUCGGGCGCUGCUGUUUUUCAGCGGGAGUAGCAGGAGAAAAAGAUGGCGCAAGCUGUAUUUUUUCUCCUGCUUUUUUACCCGAUGGCUGUCACACUACCAUGUGCCAACAAUAGUGUGAAAGAGGCCUUACAGUAAUUGCACUUAGCACUGACAAAUCUAGCAAAAAGUGUGCAAACUGACUUGUGGGUACAGUGGCAUGCUAUGAUAGUGUCACUGAGCUGUGCAGUACUGCCCAUACUUCAGUGUAUGACUGUAAGGCUAAGUUUCCACUUGUUUUAUUAUAAUUUUUUUGCCACAGCUUUUUCCUGUGUUUUGGCAGUUUUUCUGGCGUUUUUUUCUGGUGUGUGGAAACAGCCAAUUUUGUCUAUAGAUAGCUGUAUAUACUGUAUAAAAACACGAGGUCCACUUACCUCCCUCCCUGUCGGGUCUGUGUAGCUCCUAGUGAUGACAUCAUUAGGGGGUGGAGCUACAUACGGGAGCCAGGCUGGUAAGGGUGUGAGGCUCUGUUCACAUUGUAUGUUUUGUAUAAUGUGAACAGACCCUUCUGCCAGUGUCUUCCCAGACAGGGAAGCUCCAGCUGUUGCUAAACUACAACUUCCAGCAUGCCGAUGCUGGGAGUUGUAGUUUUACAACAAUUGGAGGCUCUCUGUUUGGGAAGACAUUGCACUAUGGGCGCUCUCCCCAGCGGAGAGCGCCAAAAAUGUCCUAACCCAUUUUUUGUGUUAUUUUUCCUUCUUGUUUCAAAUUUGUGUAUGCAGAGGAUUACAGUGGAUUUGGUGGACUACUGUGGAUGAACUGGAAUGUCUUCUUUUAAUAAAAUGGCUAACAAGGGCUGUGGGGGAGUGUUUUUUAAAAUAAAAUAAUUUUUCCACUGUCGUGUUUUUUUAACCCCUUAACGAGCCCGUGUCAUACCGGCCGGCCCCCAGCUGAUUCUUCUAGCUAAGGGCCGGAGUUAAUAGCCGACAUGCCGUGGCCAGCUAUUAACCCUUUAUAUGGCCGCUGACAGUGGCAUCUAAAGGUACCUUUAACUGCUCCCUGGUGGUCCAAUGGGGUGGAUCGUUCCCCCGCAGCGCGAUGGCGGAGGGCGAUCCACUGCUGAGGUAGCCGGAGGGCUUACCUCCAUCCUGUGCUGGCUGUGGCUCUGACAAUGAUAAAGCCUGGCAGGACCAGGCUUUAUCAAUCGAACGCAGAGCACACGGAUCAAUGUGGUUCCAUGGAACCACAUUCAUCUGUAUGAGGAAUCUAAUGAUUCCUUCUAAAAGUCCCCUAAGGGGACUAAAAGUGUAAAAAAAAAAAAAAAAAAAAUUAAUAAAAAAAAAAGUUUAAAAACACACACAUAAACCCCUUCCUUAUUAAAAGUUCAAAUCACCCCUCUUUUCCCAAAUUCCAUAUAAUAAAUAUAAACAUGUGGUAUCACUGCAUGCGUAAAUGUCUGAACUAUAAAAAAUAUAAGGUUAAUUAACCCGCAUGGUCAAGGGCGUACACAUAAAAAAAAAUUCAAAGUCCAAAAUUGCAUAUUUUUGGUCACUUUGUAUACCCUAAUAAAAAGUAUAAAAAGUGAUCAAAAAGUCAGAUCAAAACAAUCAUGGUACUGAUUUAAAAAAAUUCAGAUCGCGGUGCAAAAAAUGGGGCCUCCCACCACCCUGUAAACCGAAAAAUAUAGUUGUAGGGGUCAGAAGAGGACAAUUUUAAACAUGCAAAUUUUGGUGCAUGUAGUUGUACUUUUUUAAGUAGUAAAAUAAAGAAAACCUUUAUAAAUUAGGUAUCAUUGUAACCGUAUGGACCUACAGAAUAAACAUAUGGUGUAAUUUUUACUGAAAAGUGCACUGCGUAGAAAUGGAAGCCCACAAAAAUGUUUUUCCCAAUUUUGCCCCACAAAUAUUUUUUUUCUGUGUUCACCGUAAAUUUUGUUUGAAUCAAAUGAUUGAUGUCAUUACAAGGUACAAUUGGUGGUGCAAAAAAUAUCUGUAGGUGCAAAAUUGAAAGCGUUAGAAGGUGAUGAGGAAAAAAUGAAAGUGCAAAAAUGGAAAAACCCAUGGUCCUUAAGGGGUCAAUUGAAUUUUCCGGCUUACAAGUGGAAGCUGUCUUAUUGACGGAAUCCAUUACUAAGCCGGGGCUUAGCAUUAGGACCAAAAAGAGCUAGCGCUAACCCCCAAAUAUUAUCCUGGUACCCACCGCCACAGGGGUACUGGGAAGAGUCGGCACCAACAGACCUGGAGUGUCAAAAAUGGCGCUCCUGGGCCUAGGUGGUAAC